AUGGACGUUGCUCAGGCGCAAGACCAGGACACCCCGCGUCCUCGCCGCAAGCGCGUUCGCAGGAAUACCCUCACGCUCUCCAUCUCUCCUGAGGCUCCGCCCGGGGGCGUUCCUCGUGCGCAGCCGUCGCCGCGCUUCUUUCUGGGCCCCGAGCCUUCGCCCACUGUGUCGACGUAUCUGCCUCCCGAAAGUCUGGGCAGCCCGAGCUAUGGAGCCCAUUUCACGUCGCCGGAGUCGGUAGUGCCGGUCCUCGGAGGCUCGAUUGACUCACCUCUAGAACCCGUUUACGAAGGUUCGAUCAACUCGUCUUUGGGAUCGGUCCUCGCCAGCUCGAUUAACUCGUCUUUAGGGCCAUGCUCUACCAUAUCAGAACAUAUCCCCUUGCGACCUUCGUCGACGGACACAGUGCGAGGGCCUACGACAGAACGAGAUCCAACGCCUCCGCUCACACCGUUUCCGCCGUGGAUCGACGAUUCCGAAGAGGAUUGGCAGGCGCGUGGGUGGCAAGAUGGGCGUCAAGGAAACCGAGCAGCGCCGAAGCGGCAACGCGGGAGUAUCAGGUAUGGGCCUUUUGCCGUCGUGGAGCUUGAAACCAGGUGGCUUCUCAGCUCUAUUCUCCACGGCGUUGUGUUGGCGCUGCAGUUUUCUAUCGCACUGGCUGUAUUCAGUGCUCUCAUGUCCGUUGCUGUCUGGAAGAAACCCGACUCCGAUGUACAGUUCUGGGAGUGGCUUUGGAACUUCGCCGAACCCUCCCUAAUCGGAGUCCUCAUCCUCUGUUCCGGUACCCUAGUGGCGCACGAAGUCAAGAUACUCUCCGCCGUGGCCCUGCUCUACCUACAAUGCGCCAUCCUAGUCGUCACGACCGCAGCGAGCCUCAUAAUGUGGGCGCGCUGCAUCGAGGAGCACAGCCGGGCGGUCAAGGGCGUCCUGAUGGGAUGCAAUGUGUUGAUGUGGGGGCUGGCAUUGUUCGGGUUUGUGCGGGCGGUGGUGGUUUGGAAGAUCGAGGCUGAUAUCGAGGAGGAGCGAGGGUUUGGGAGGGCACAUGGGGCACAGGCGCUUACGUAUGGGACGUUUGUGCCUUGGGAUGAGGCAGGUCGUGAUCACUAAGUAACAUCUCCGGAGGUGUUUGCAUAGAAAGGCUCGGCGGUUUAGUACCUCAGUACCACUCAGUCGUCAAGCCACCCAGUUACGAAGGCAUGUGGUCGAUAUUAGGAGUUAGGCGUCGUUUUCGUUUCUAGGGGUUAAGCCACAGCACCAUCAGCUCACAUCACACCCAUCAUAAUGAUAAUUGAGAACAU